AUGUCCUUCCGGCGCGCCACAUCCUCCUUAAUGGAGGAACGAACACGAACGCAUGGCCACUUCAGCGACACAGAGUCGUCUCUGGCGAGCGUCUCCACCAACCAAGCGCAAGCGUCGCGCAAAGAGCACAAGCUGACCCACCUGCUCUCGUACCUCGGCUCCAACAACCCGCUGCCGGCGUCCAUCGCGGCCGACGACGUGGUCUGGCUGAUGGACAACGUCGCGUUUCGGGGCCGCGGGGGCGAGUGGGAGGCCGAGUUCGUCGCGGCCGCCUUCGACCAGAAGGCGUCGACCAAGGUCGUCGACAUUGUGGGCGACAUCGCCAGCAAGGUGGGGCUGUCGCGCGGCGGCGAGGAGGAGAAGACCAUCGAGCGGCGCAUCUCCCCCUUUGUCAUGGAGAUUUUGCCCGGCCGGCAGAUCAAGGUCAACUUCGACGGCGCCACCCCCGUUAAGCUCGGCCCGGGAGGCAGGAACGGCAUCAGCAGCAAUGUGAUCAGGAUUCCGAAGGCCGCGGCCGGGGGAGUGGCGAGAUCGACGGCGGACGUGCCGAUGGGGGUGCUGGGCGUGCUCGACAUGAAGACGGUGUACGUGGAGCCGGAGGGGUGGGCGGUGAUCUCAGAUGUGGACGACACAAUCAAGAUCACCCAGACGAGUGAUCCCGUCGGGAUCCUCAAAUCCACAUUCGUGUCCGAACCUACGCCAGUUCCAGGCAUGCCAGAGCUCUAUGCACGUAUCCAGGAGCUCCUGACACCGUCCGCGCCCUUCUUCUACCUCUCAGCCUCCCCCUACAACCUGUAUCCGUUCCUUCGUAACUUCCGGGACGCCCACUUCCCACACGGGCAGUUGAUCCUCCGGGAUUCCAGCUGGAUGACGCUCUCCGGGCUCCUCUCCAGCCUGACCCUGGGAACCGAGAAGUACAAAAUCGAGAGAAUUAAGAAGGUCCACCGGUGGCUGCCGCGGCGGAACAUGAUCUGCAUCGGAGAUUCGACGCAAAGCGAUCCCGAGGCUUACGGCGACGCCUGCAGGGCCUUUCCGGGCUGGAUCAAGCUGGUCCUGAUCCGAAAGGUGAAGGACAUUGCCGCGAUCGGCAUCGAGGAGAAGAACGAGCCGCAGCGAUUCGAGAAGGCUUUCGAAGGCGUUCCCAAGUAA